AUGAAGAAUUACAGUACAUCCGUCACUAUUUUUGCUAUUCCAAGUGCUUUGAAUAGACGUGCUUUCAUUGAUAUAGCCAAAUCAGGUAGUGGAAAAGUCAAUGCAUUUAUUUGGUCAGCUAUUGUUCAUAUGAUGACUCAAAUAAAACAUCAAGUUGAUGAUAUCACUAUUGUCUUAAUCUGUGCUCCUCAACGUGAAUUAGCUGAACAACUUCAUCUUGAAUAUAAACAAUAUGAAAAACCACGUAAUAUUAAUUCCGUAUGUGCAUUUGAUAGUGGAAAUAUGCAUGAACAAAUAAUGUCUUGUCACAAAGGAUGUGAAAUACUUGUUUGUGCACCUGAUAGUCUUAUUGAUUUAAUUAAGAGAAAACGGAAACCACAAGUUCGUUCAAUUGCUGAUCGUGUAACUUCUGAUCAACAACGCUUAUUGCUUAGUGCAGCAUUUAAUAAAAACGUCAAAAAAUUACGCUCGAUUUUGUUUUUCAUAUUAAAAUUAUUUCUUCUUACUACUGUUCUUUAUUUAGAACGAGAUAUUCUUACGGAUCGUGUUCCAAUUGUUCAAGGUGAAGUUAGCGAAGGAAAAGUUCUAAUAUUUGUUACACAUAAAGAUAAUUUUACUGAUAAAUAUUUUCAAACGAAAUAA